AUGCCGGUGCCAUCGGACAGCAUUCUCGAGAAAGAGCUGCGGCUCCAGUUCCGCCAGUUGAUCAAGGACGGCGAAGAAGUCACCAUCAACAAGGUGCGCCAAGCCGUCGAGGAGAAGCUUGACCUGCCCGAGGGUUUUUUCAAGGACGACCCCGACUGGAAGGGUCGCAGCAAGGCCAUCAUCCACAAGGCAUUCAGCGAGGAAGGCAGUGGUGGUGAGGGCGACAACGAACCAGAGCCAGAGCCAGAGCCAGCUGCCAAACCCGCAAAGAAGAAUGGCAUCAAGCGGCAGUCGAGCGAGGAGCCCGAGCAGAAACCCAAACGCGUGAAGAAGGAGGCCGCCCCGAAGAAGCCAACCAAGAAGGCUGCGCCCAAGGCGAAGGCAAACCCGAAGAAGAAGGCCUCGUCGGAUUCAGACCUCAGCGACCUUGACGAUUCGGAAGAGGAGAAGCCCAAGAGACGUGGCAGACCGCCCAAGAAGAAGCAGGAGUCCGAGUCCGAGCUCAGCGACCUGGGCUCCUCAGAGGAAGACACAAAACCGAAGAAGGCUGCUGCGCGUGGUAAACUGCAGAAGAAGAAGAAGGCUGUGAUUUCGGACGAGGAAGACGGCGGCAGUGACGAAGCGGACUCCUCUGCCGAGCGCGAGCGCAAACGCAAACGAUCUACGCCGGCUGCGCAAGCCGGAUCCAAGCGCGCCAAGGUCGACUCAGAAAACGAAGGCGAAGCAGGCAAGGUCGAGGAGGAUUUAGCAGAGGCAUCCGAUACAGAAACAAAAGCACAGAGCAAGACGAAAGCAGCAGACUCCGAUGACGAAGACAAGCCAAAGAAGCGGGCAGUGGAAGAUGAGAGCAAGCCUGGUGGCGAUGACGACAGCUCCGAGCUCUCCUCUGUGAUAGACGAGCCGCCGCCAAAGAAGAAGGCCAAGAAGGAGGACAGCAAAGCCGCAGUUGGUGACGACGACGACUCGGACCUGUCCUCGGUCCUAGACGAACCGCCGCCGAAGAAGCGCAAACCUAGGGAGCCGAAGGGGUCAUCGAAGCCUAGAGCAACCAAGGCAGCCCCGAAGGAACUGACAGGUGACGAGGCAGAGAUCAAGAAGCUGCAGGGCCAGUUGGUCAAGUGCGGCGUCCGCAAGAUCUGGGGUAUCGAGCUCAAGGAGUACGGCGAUGACACCAAGGGCAAGAUUCGGCACCUCAGAAAGAUGCUCAGCGACCUUGGGGUGACGGGGCGGUUCUCGGAGGCCAAGGCCAAGGAGAUCAAGGAGAGGCGCGAGCUCAUGGCCGACUUGGAGGCAGUCAACGAGAUGAACCACAUGUGGGGUGCAGAGGGCCGCGGCGGUCGGGCUUCGAGGAGCAGGGCCAAGGCUACGGUCAAGGAGCCGUCAUCGGAGGACGAGAGCGGCGCCGAGGAAGCGAAGCCACGCGUAUCCAAACGCAUGGCAGAUCUGGCCUUCUUGGGAUCGGACGACGAGGAGUCGGACUAA